AUGGUGUUCAAUCCGACAAGUCCAAUACGAGGCCUGGGCCGUAGAGUUGCUAACCUCGAUCGACCCGCUUCACCUGCUGUCACCGGCGUUGCAUCGACAUCUACAUCGACAAUGGCACCUGCACUUCCACCGCGAGCACCUUCUCCUCUAGCUAUGGGGACGAAUUGGCGAGAAGGAAUGUCACGAUUGAUACACCCGAUGCGCGAUCGAGAUCCUACGGCGCGGGAGGUCAGCCGUUGGUCAAAGACGACGACAGAAUCGGAAGCCUCUGAGGCCGUCGGACAACUGCCCUCUAAGAAGGCGAACGUUCUCAAGAAGAAGAUGAAGCAGAACAGACAAUCCAAGGAUACCACAAACUCGAGUCCUGUUGACCGGUCUUACGAUCCAGUCACGAAGAAGUUUUUGACCACCGGAGACAUGGAGAUGCCUCCAAUGGCCGUCACUGGUCCUAAAGAGCCGAAAUCUUUCUACGACUCUGCUUCUGACGACUCAAGCGAGGCUUCACCUGUAGUCCAGCGGGCAAGCAGUGUUCGUGUGGCCAGACCUCAGAUUGUCCAACACAGCAAUAACUCUGGUGGCUCUGUCCCAAAGCUAUAUGCUCCUCACUCUACAGCGAUAGAUGGCGAAUCCUCCGCUUUCAAGAUUUCCCAGGUUUCGAACAAUAUUCCUGGAAUGAGUGAUAUUUCAGCAUUGACAGCGCCUGAUCAAGACGCAGACAAGCCCGUGAGCCUAGGUGGGCCGGCCGACGCACUCAAAGCUCUCGAAGGCUCGCCCACAGAAUCGAGGGCCGAACAGAACGACACUAUGAAAGAGACCGUGAUCGAAUACCCUAACACCCCAGGCCGGAUCUCGGCCCUUUCCACCUUGCCUACGCCCCUGGGUGGCUUUGGCUCGGUCCGCAUGCCUCGAACAGCAACCGGCACAACAACUUCAAGCGGGACGUACGUCUCACCACCGUCCAUUGACGGCCUGCGCUCCAACCCUCCUACAGAAUUGGACAAGCAACUCUCCCGCGCCAUCUCAGCCCCUGUUCGCAACUCACGCCGCGUGACGAUUCGCCCGGCAGACCUGGUCAUCAACCGCGGCAACAACAACCACCAACUCUUCCGCGAGAAUAUUGUGAGCACACCCUACCCGGCUCGACAUAGCAGUAUCGGCGAGAUUGACGAAGUCGCUCCUCUCUCAAUCAAGAAAGACAAAGAAAAGGACAACAAGCCUGUCAAGAGUAGCAAGAGUCUGCGUCAUACAGCUCGCCUUCUCUCGACCCGGAAGAAGUCCACCUCGGAGCAGAACGAGAACCCAGCACCCUCGACCCUCACACCCGACGAGCACGAUGCUCUCGACGAAAAGGACCCUACCACCGUCCAAACCACCAAGGAAGGCCAUGGCCAGCAGCCACCAGAGGUCCCAUUGUCCACCAAGCCAGUCGUCCCAGUUCCACCGACGGCCAAGUCAGACCGCUUCCCAUCGCCCGUGGCACCCGAGAUCUUGUUUCUAGACCUGCGCCUAGCCCGCCACCCGUCCGCAAGAGUGACCAUCGAAGUCGAAGUCACUGACAAAACAACCUUCGACGACGAGCAACUCUUCACCGCCAUCCGAGCCGCAUACAACGAGAAACUGCUGGGUAUUACGCGCCAGUUAUUCUGUGCACGCUCGUUGUCUUAUGUGGGCCUCACUGACGCUGACGCCACCGCUGGAAGAGGUGUUGGACCAUCGUCGUCGGGCUUGGGAUUCGAGAUCGACGGCGCUGAUUUCAUCCGCCACCUCUUACACCCACGCAGCGGCCGCCGUCGGAAGAUGUGGCUCCUCUGGCUACGCAACAUUCAGUCCACCGAGUCCCCAGUCACAAGACGUUCCAGGAUGGCCAUGUCGCGAGCCAUGGCCAUGGCAACCGCCACGGCGAACAACAAUGAAAGCAGCCCGGACAGCCAGACUAGUCCCGUGUUCAGUUUCAUCCACUCACGCAACAACAGUGGUGGUGGCGAGUUGGACCAGGUCCUUUCGAAUCCGAUGGCGGCGCCACUGACUUCCGUCUCCCUUCCAGCUACCUUCAGUGGCUCCGGAAUGGGAAGUCUCAGAGUUUUUGCUCAUCAACCGAGCAUCAAGAUCCCACGCAUGCCCUUCCAACCAUUGUCGUACCGAAGUGCUUUGUCCUCUCCUCGAGGUGGUGAAGCUGGUGGUGGUGCUGGUACUGGUCCACCGACGCUCUAUCUACACUACACCUUCUCACUGCGCAAGAUCGUCGGCAUGUUGGGUCUGGUGUUAUUCAUGGCCGUCUUCACGAGCUUGAUGUGGAUUCUCUUUGGCCUUCCCGGGAGAGGUGCCGAUCAGGGCAAUGGCACCACCGUUGUGGAAGGAAGACCCUACACAUUGAGUUGGAAACGCGAUGCGCAGAGUCGUGUGGGCGUUGGACUGGUUAUGGGCAUUGUGGUUUUGUUGUUGGGAUUGGUCGGUGAGGCGGUUUGGGUUUGGGCGAGUUGGGUUCUUAUUUGA